AUGGAUGUCCGGGUGGUCAGCGGCUGCCGAGAGCGGAUCCAGCACUGGCAGCAGGUGGAGGACGACUACAGCGCCCUGCAGGAGCGGCUCGGCACCCUGCCCGACAAGCUGUCCUACAGCAUCAUGGUACCAUUUGGCCCUUUUGCCUUCAUGCCAGGAAAACUCGUCCACACUAAUGAAGUCACUGUCUUACUGGGGGACAAUUGGUUUGCCAAGUGUUCCGCCAAGCAGGCCGUGGGCUUAGUCGAGCACCGGAGAGGACAUGUAAGAAAAACAAUAGAUGAUUUAAAAAAAGUGAUGACAAAUUUUGAAUCCAGAGUUGAAUUUACAGAAGAUUUGCAGAAAAUGAGUGAUGCUGCAGGUGAUAUUGUUGACAUAAGAGAAGAGAUUAAAAGUGACUUCGAAUUUAAAGCAAAACACCGAAUUGCUCAUAAACCUCACUCCAAACCCAAAACUUCAAAUAGUUUUGAAGCGGAUUUUGCAAAUGUUGAAUCGAAGGAUCUGCUCGCGGACCAGGAGCUGUGGGCUCGGCUGGAAGAACUGGAGCGACAGGAGGAGCUGCUGGGCGAACUUGAGAGUCAGCCUCCCACUGUGACUGCAAACGGAGAAGACACAGCGUCUUCCGAAGAGGAGAAGGAAGACGCCAGCACACGUGUGAACGGACGUGUGAACGGACACGUGAACGGGACGCAUCCAGCGGCUAGAAUUCUAGUUAAAAAGUAUCCUAUUCAAAUCUUAAAUUUGACCCAUCGAAGUGACCUGGAAAUGAGAAAACGUAAGACGCUAGUGUGUGUUCCACGUGGCUCUUCUCCCUUUGUCUCUACUAGUCAGCCUCCCACUGUGACUGCAAACGGAGAAGACACAGCGUCUUCCGAAGAGGAGAAGGAAGACGCCAGCACACGUGUGAACAGACGUGUGAACAGACACGUGAACGGGACGCAUCCAGCGGCCGAGGCCGCGGCUCCCAGCUGUCGGCCCGCGGACGACACUGUUGCAGAGCUGCUCCGCAGGCCGAGCUGCGCUGUGAAUGGCUCUCGUUGCCCCCUCAGUGAUGAGGAUGAGGAUGGUGACGACGACGAUGCUCUUGGGCCAGAGGCCAGCUCUGUACCAACCAUAUACUUUUCUCACACCGUCGAACCCAAGCGGGUUCGAAUCAAUACUGGGAAAAACACCACCUUAAAAUUCAGUGAGAAGAAGGAAGAAGCCAAACGGAAGCGAAGGAACAGCUGUGGUGGCCACCCGGCCCCGGAGCUGCCCACGAUCAGGACCCCUGCGGACAUCUACAGGGUCUUCGUGGACCUGGUGAACGGGGCGUACAUCCCUCGGAAGUCCAUCCUGAAGUCGCGCAGCCGCGAGAACAGCGUGUGCAGCGACACCAGCGAGGGCAGCGCCGACUGCGAGGAGCGCCGCGGGCUCCUGCGGAGUGUCAGCUGCCAGGAGGCCGUGGGCAGCGACGCCGGCGAGAGCAUUUUGGAGGAGGAGCAGGAGCAGCUUCCAGAGACGCUCUUGCCCGCGCCCGGGACGCUCGAGGCUUUUUCUGGAACUGUCAUAGAGAAAGAAUUGUCGCCCUGCCUCGCCCCGCACCCGGCCACGGUCCACCCUGUGCUGCCCACGAUCCCUGAGCGGAGAGAAGUCCCGUCAGAAGGGUCGGAGGUCACCAAGCGGGUGUCCAAGUUCAAAGCCGCCAGGCUGCAGCAGAGGACCUAGGCUGCCAGGCAGUGGGCGCUGCGCCCUGCAACCUCGUGCUGCAUCGUCUAGAGUUUGUGUCGCUGAGGCUCCUCGGAGAGUGGAAGGAGGGGUCCUGAGUGAAUUUGGAAGCAGAUUCUCCUAUUCGUCGGUGGAGAUGAGGAUCCGAGUGAGCCCAGGACUUCCCAGUCCACUUGCUCGUCGUCCUCCGGCACCGGCGACACCGCUGCUGCCUCUGAUGCCACGGCUCUCGGAUCGCUUCUCAGAGAGGUUGUUCCUGGGCGUGGUUGGUGUUUCGAACUAAACGCAGGCAGUUCCGUGCCAGCUGUGAUGUGCACACCACAUGGACCGUGUAGCAGAAACGUAAGAUUCAGACCCAGCAGUUCUGUUCCUGCUUCAGCCUUUGAAAGGCCCUGUAAGAAACCUUCUGGUGGGUUCUGCAGCGAGGUGCCCUUUAACCCCGGGACUGCCGCUGUCCUCGGCAGAAGCUCCCGUGGCCUGUGGGCAGGUUUCUUGGUCGGAAGAAUGGGAUUUUGUAAAACUUUUUUUUUUUUAAGUAAAAAUUUUAUGAAACUUGGUCUCGAAAA